AUGUUUCAAAAGUGGUCAGGUAGGGUUCAAGGAACUUGGAAAAAUACAAAAUUAACUCAAAAUAUUCACAGCACAAAUCAGGAUGAAAUAGAAAGUGAUAAUAAGGAUGAUGGUGAUAUUUAUGAGGAUACUAAUGAACUCAAACGACGAUUACUGCCAACUCUGACUGCUACAUAUGAACAGGGCGGUCAUGUAACAGUAUGGCGAAUGCCAAUUGAAAUAUCGCAAUCACGAUUAGCUGGUCGUUAUAAGCCAUCUAAUGCUUGUACAAUAAUUGCUGUUAAAUUGAUUGAAUAUAUUUAUCGGGAGGGUAUUAUACUACGUCCUACUCAAAUAUUAUUAUCAAGCAAAAGAAAUGAUUCCAAGUCACGUCCACGAUUCCGAAAAUGGCCAUCACGAAUAUUUGCCGAAUUUGAAAAAGUGCAACCAAUUAUGCACUGUUCAGCACAACUAUUAAAUGCGUUCAUUAAUGCCAUUAUUGAGGGUAAUGAAAUACAUGAGCAACAAAUGGUCAAACGACGUCCAUUCUGUUCUUGUUACGAUCGUCAUGCGGAAACAUUCACCAUCCCACAGGCAUUAGAAGGAUGUGGUAAUGUAUUUCAAGAAAUUGAAUUUGUUACUGUACGUGGAAAAAUUCUUCAUAAUUUGAAACCAUUUUUGCUAAUGCCUAUAAGAAGUGACUUUCUCAAGGAUCAUUUACAAAUUUACAUGAUACUUAUUGUAUUUGAACGAUCCGUUUUACUGAUCUAUGAGCGUGAAUGCAAGGCAAUCUUUUUGCUUGACACGCAUACACAUUUGAAGACAAGAAAUAUGAAGACAGGAGGUUUAAUUGCUAUGUGUUCAGUGAAUGAUUUGGAUUAUUUGAUUAAAUGGAUGUGUAAAAAUAUUUUCCCGGAAACAGUCUAUAAAAUGAAUUAUGAACAGUCCUUCGAAGUAUCCGUAUUAACAUUCAAGGGUCAACUUAAUGAGUACGAUCAUCCGUUAUUUGUUCCACAAAUUGUGGAAACAUUGAAUGUCUUUCCGGGAUAA